AUGACACCUCUUCCUGACAACAAUGAUCUUCGCCGGUGUAUCACUGGUUUAUACCUUGGCGACGACAACAUUGCAUCACAAGUUGGCUGGAUUUACGCAAAAGCUCGACGUUGCCAUGUCCUCUGCCUUCAUGGCACCAAUAAGGCCGACCUGAACCCCACUCCCGUCGUCCUCCAUGGCAUCUUUGCCUUUUCACGACAACCAUUCAAGCUGCUUCCGGAUGGUGGGUUUCGCGAGUCUAACAUGCCGGAGUACUUCAAUUUCGGUGUAUCACUGCAAGAAGCGAUGGCAAGGACAAAUGCGUGGGCACGGCUCGAGAGGAUUCAAGACAAUGAGCUGCUCGGAUUCAGCGAUUUCCCACAGUACAUCAAGAAUCUCAAAAGUUUUGAGGGAUUGAUGCAUGUUGGUGAUGCGCCCACAUACUCUUUGGUUAGUGAUGAAGGCGCCAGUGGGCCCCAGGUUAAGGUCAUCCACAGAAUGUUCGAGUCUUGCUGGGAUACGAUUCGUUUGGCGACAACGCCUCAACAAUCAGAUAUUGAAGCGGAGGCAAAAACGCGAUAUAAGCUCACUCCUGGAGACCACCCUGUUGCUGUGAGAUUGGCCAAUGCUAAGUCCCCUGGAAACACUUCUAGCGUAACUGUCAUGAUCAUGCAUUCCGGCCUGUUAGCCGCCCAUCCCGAUGCUGCCCGAGCCCAUUCCCGCUAUGCGAGCGCGAGCGCGAGUCCCGACCUCAGCCCCUAUUCUCCAUGA